AUGAGUGUACUCACCAUGCUGCUGUUCCUGCUGCUGCUGCUCCCAUCCAAUGCUCUGGCAAAUGGGUUCUACGGGACAACACUGACCUAUUAUCCGACAAAUGCUACUCCAAGUGGAUCUGUCAGCGUUGUCCGAUCUAAGCUCACCUUCCCAAACUGCACUUUUGACAUUUUUUGGCAAUGUCUCAAUGAUAACUGUGGGGUUGAGACUUCAGUAGCAGUGAAUGUGGUUGACAGGGAAGCUACUGGAGAGUUUUGUCAGACGGAGGUCAUCUCGACGUGGCAGGUUUCCACAAAUGCUCCGUUUCAACUGGUGUUGAGCGGUAGGAACUGGACAAGUAAUUUAAAUGGAAUUGCCAGUUACAGAGCUGUGACUGUUGUGGAACUGAGGAACCGCUCCGACACCGGCCAGGCCAACAGAUCACCACAGACCACCAUCCUGCCUGUUCUCCGAGUUCCUGCAAACUGUCAGAGAGCUUUUAAUCUCUUGGCCUUUGACCCUGAUGGAGACCAGGUGAACUGCAGAUAUGGAAAUGAAACACUGUCAGAGUGUAACCCCUGUACACCACCAUCUGUUCUCAACCUCUCACCAUCUUGCACCUUAUCAUUCAGCCCUACCAGCGCUAAUAAUGUGGGUUCGUACGCUGUGCAGCUGGUUAUGGAGGACUUUCCCAGACAGACGAUCACCCUGACUCAAACUAAUAACUCGCAAAUAACAACUGAGUUGAAAAAUACAAACGACGCCAUCAGCAAAAUACCUGUCCAGUUUUUAUUCAGAGUGGAUCCUGCAGUACAAUCAUGCACAGAUGGACUGUACUUGCCCCGGUUCUUGUCUCCAACCCCAGCCAAUGGAGCUCAGCUGUCCAUUCCUGUUAGCCAAACUAUAGAAAUCAGCAUACAAGCAGAAGCAAACAUCUCCACGAUCUUUGAUCUGCUGUUCAGCGGACCACACAACGUAAAUGAGACCUCAUCAGGACCAGGACAAUACAUCCUGAGAUGGACGCCAUUGCAGAGGGAAUCUGGACAAAGUCACCCCAUCUGCUUUGUCGUGCAGGCAGUUUUAAAUUCAGCCAAAUAUCAUUCAGAGCUUCGAUGUGUCAUUGUGACUGUUGGAAACGAUCCUUUAACAACACAGACUCCUGAAACAACCACUGCACCGAUUACUACACCACCAGUUAAUGCAACCGCUGCACCAAAUGCCACUGCAUCCUUCACAACUACACCACCAGUUAAUGCAACCGCUGCACCAAAUGCAACUGCAUCCUUCAUAACUACACCACCAGUUAAUGCAACCGCUGCACAAAAUGCAACUGCAUCCUUCAUAACUACACCACCAGUUAAUGCAACUGCCGCACAAAAUGCAACUGCAUCCUUCAUAACUACACCACCAGUUAAUGCAACCGCUGCACCAAAUGCCACUGCAUCCUUCACAACUACACCACCAGUUAAUGCAACCGCUGCAUCAAAUGCAACUGCAUCCUUCAUAACUACACCACCAGUUAAUGCAACCGCUGCACAAAAUGCAACUGCAUCCUUCAUAACUACACCACCAGUUAAUGCAACUGCCGCACAAAAUGCAACUGCAUCCUUCAUAACUACACCACUUGUUAAUGCAACCGAUGCACAAAAUACGACUGCAUCCUUCAUAACUACACCACUAGUUAAUGCAACUUUUGCACCAAAUGCAACUGCAUCCUUCACAACUACACCACCAGUUAAUGCAACCGCUGCACAAAAUGCAACUGCAUCCUUCAUAACUACGCCACCAGUUAAUGCAACCGCUGUACAAAAUGCAACUGCUUCCUUCAUAACUACACCACCAGUUAAUGCAACCGCUGCACCAAAUGCAACUGCACCCUUCACAACUACACCACCAGUUAAUGCAACCGCUGUACAAAAUGCAACUGCUUCCUUCAUAACUACACCACCAGUUAAUGCAACCGCUGCACCAAAUGCAACUGCACCCUUCACAACUACACCACCAGUUAAUGCAACCGCUGCACAAAAUGCAACUGCUUCCUUCACAGCUACACCACCAGUUAAUGCAACCGCUGUACAAAAUGCAACUGCUUCCUUCAUAACUACACCACCAGUUAAUGCAACCGCUGCACCAAAUGCAACUGCUUCCUUCAUAACUACACCACCAGUUAAUGCAACCGCUGCACCAAAUGUAACUGCUUCCUUCAUAACUACACCACCAGUUAAUGCAACCGCUGCACCAAAUGCAACUGCACCCUUCACAACUACACCACCAGUUAAUGCAACGGCUGCACAAAAUGCAACUGCAUCCUUCGUAAUUACACCACCAGUUAAUGCAACCGCUGCACAAAAUGCAACUGCUUCCUUCAUAACUACACCACCAGUUAAUACAACCGCUGCACCAAAUGCAACUGCUUCCUUCAUAACUACACCACCAGUUAAUACAACCGCUGCACCAAAUGCAACUGCUUCCUUCAUAACUACACCACCUCCUGCAGCAACAAUAAAUGCAACUACUGCACAAACUGCACCAAUCAUGUCAACAUUCUUAAUGAACAUGACUCCAACAAGCAUUACAACAACAACGAGGAGGACACAUACAACCCCACCUGCAACACAAAUCUUGACCUCUACUCCCUCCACUACUUCCUCCACAACCACCAUUCCUUCAACAAUAUCACCUGAUACAACCCCAGCACCUACAUCAACAACUCCACUUGAAAGUGUUUAUGUUUUGGGGGUAACCAUGACGGUUUCAGCGUCUUCUAACCUCACUGAAGAUGACUUCAACAAUAUUGUCCAACAGGUCAGAAAUGAAUUGCGUCAACGCUUUGGUCUUUCACGUUUUGUUUUGCGCCUGGUGGAUACAGAGCGACUCCCAUAAGAGUGCCCUCUGCUGGUGGACCCUGACAGUACGUCCAUGAGUGAAGACACAUUCAACCAGAAGGACUGCUGAUCUACACCGCCCCCCCCCCAACCACCACAGUCCUGUUGGUCUGGGUUUGCAUUCAUGUGGUGGGAGCGUUUAUAUUUUACAGAUGAAGGUUCUUAUCCAUCUGUCUGCAGAAGGGCUCUCAAACUCAUUUUCUUCUGAGGUUCCACAUUCAGCUCGAUUUGAUCUCCAGUGGGCCGGACCAGUAAAAUAAUAACAGAAUAACCUAUAAAUAAUGACAACUC